AUAAACACACGAGAAAGAGAAAACGUGUCCUAGCAUGAAUGGCAUUACAGGCACUGUUCUGAUAAUAGUGGCUGACAGCAGAAGCUCCUAAACUCAAACAUUUAUUUAACUUGUUCUAAAUCACAGGAAAUCUUCUUCCAUCUCCAGGAAACUCUGUAAACACUCCACAUGAGUCUUACAGGCAUCAUGACUCUCCUUUAUAUUUCCAUCUUAUGUUUCGCUGCCUGUGUGGGCUCCAUCAGUGCAGAUCACGUUACUGUAUCAGCUAAAGUGGGUUCCACAGUUGCCCUACCGUGUAACCUGAAGAAUGUGUUCACAGAAACAUCACUGAUUCGGUGGAAGAUCGGUGAUGCGUUUGUGUUUGAGCGAAGCAGUGAGGGUACAGCAGAAGGUCCAGGAUAUGAGGGACGUGUGGAUGUUCCUGAGGAUGAGCUGCUUAAACGAAACUGUUCUCUGGUGCUGAAGAACGUCACAAUCACUGAUGAUGGUGUCUACAAAUCUUUUGUGGUGGAACACGUGGACAGAAUUAAAGCACCCCCAGCACAAGUACUCAGCAGGGUUAAACUCUCAGUUGACAUGCAGAUCAUAUCAGCUCGAGUGGGUUCCACAGCUGUCCUGCCGUGUGAAUGGAGAGAUCCGUCCAUCCAAACACCUGAUGUUGAGUGGUAUAUCGAUUCUAAGGUGGUGUUUGAGCAAAAGGGUAAAGAGUCAUUUCCAGGUGAAGGAUAUGAGGGUCGUGUGGAUGUUCCUGAGGAUGAGCUGCUUAAAGGAAACUGUUCUCUGGUGCUGAGGAACGUCAGUGUUACUGAUGAAGCCAUCUACAGAAGCUUCAUGCUCGUGGAACGCAAAAAGGAAUCUGUUUUGGUCCAGAAAGUUAAACUCUCAGUCUCUGGUAAUGAUGCCAAUAAGGAUCCUCCAUCUGAGGGCUCAAAAUCACAGCAGCCUGAAAGGAAUAGGACCUCCUGGAUUCCAAAUAUGAUCGUAAUGUGUGCCAUCUUUGUCUUGAUAAUCAUUAUCUGCAUACGUGUGUUCUGCAGCAGGGUGCACAGUAAGACUGGCUGAAAUUGCAGGUUGAAUCUGUGAAAAAAUGAGAUGGAAUAUUUGUGGUAAUCUUCUGUCUCGUGUCUAAUUUAUAUUUAUGAAAAUGGAACCAGGGUUCGUACGGUCAUGAAAAACCUGGAAAAGUUUUGGAAUUUUAAAAUUAAAUUUCCAGGCCCUGGAAAAGUUAUGGAAAAAAAGUAUUUUGUUCAGAAGUUUUGGAAAAGUCAUGGAAAUCUAUCUAGUGUUUCAACGAUUAUCUUUAUAAAAUUGAUGUGCCGUAAUAAAAUGUAAAUCGCCACGAGUUGUCUUGGAAAUGUUGUCUAGCACAGUCUGCGUAGCCUACUGGCUAUGCCUGUUGACUGCCAAACCCAGUGUUGCCAGAUUGGGCGGUUUUCAAAUUAGGCAGGUUUUAGUGCCUCCAGGCGGUUUUUGAGCAUUUUUUGGGCUGGAAAUCAUCAGUCACAUCUGGCAACCCUGGCCACACCCUCCUCACGACGUGCUAGUAGUUGUAGUGUGCUAGGCGUGGUGCGUCAAGUUUGGGGAUGCUGGGACCUCCCCUGCCCAAGCUACUGAGCGUCCAAAGUCGGGCUGGAGCCCGGGAUAGAAACGAAACCUAAGCGGAGCGCCGCGGCGAAUUACGUCCCAAGGCGCGGGGCUAGUGCGCCCUGCCUGCACUGGUUCUUUGGGGGGAGGGCAGAGGUCUCUGGCUGCCAAGUGUGGGGCGGCUGGGACCUCCCCUGCCCGAGCUACGGGCGUCCAAAGUCGGGCUGGAGCCCGGGAUAGAAACGAAACCUAAGCGGAGCGCCGCGGCUUGCCUCGGGGCGAAUUACGAUGCUGGAGCCCUGGAGCUCUCGUUUUAUGUGUUGUUUUUUGUGUGUGUGUGUGUGUGUACAGAUGGUAAAUAAGAUAUUGGAUUGGAUAAUAUCCUCAGUUUUAUGACUCUUGAGAGUUUUGCGUUUUAAAGGAUAAAAAGACUUAAUUUGUAAUAGGUGAAGCCAUAUUAGCCUAGCCAUUUCUUAAUCUUGUGUAUUCUCUGAAUUUGGAUGUCACAACUGAUUUUAUUUUGCUUAAAUUUAUAGGAAAGGGAUGGAAAUAGACAUUCCACUUUUUCAGAUUUUCACCCUCUAUUUUCAUUUUUUUAUGAUGCCAUUUAGGAGAUGCUUAAUAUUCAGUGUAGGGCCCUGAGGACCUUGCUGGAUUUGGAUGUAAAUGUUGUUGAUUAAACUGAUUGAACACAGAAAUAAAUAGACAUUCAAUGUUGUCUUCAAA